CCCCGGCCGCCCGGGAGAGGGAGGAUGGCGCCGGCCGUGGCGGUGGCGGCGGUGGCAGCAGUGGCAGCAGGCGCGGCCGGGGCCGCCUCGCAGCGGUUGUGUUCGGGCGGCUGAGCGGAGCCAAGGCCAAGGCCGCCGCCGCCUCGCCCGGGCUGCCGCCGCCCUUGCCGGGACCCCGCGUACCGGUUGUGGCGGAGGUGCCGGCGACCUUCCGCCUUCUCCUCCUGUCACCCGCCGCGGGUCAGGCCGCCCUGUCCGGCUGAAGAAGCGACUUGGGCGGCGAGAGGCUUCCCGGGAGGGCGCGAUCACGUUUCCAGAAGGUGCCUCAGGGAAGCUUCCACAUGUAGAAGCACCCUCUGAGAAGCACAGGUGCCCUUUCUGGCAAGCCGUGAAGCAAAGCUGCCGGCAUGGCAGAAAACAAGGACAGCAGUGUGAAAAGCGCCGACGUGAGACCCAAAAGCAGCCGCAGCAGAAGUGCGGACAGGAAGGACGGGUACGUCUGGAGCGGCAAGAAGCUCUCCUGGUCCAAGAAGAGCGAGCAUGGUUCUGAUGGGGAAGCAGCAGGGAGACCAGGGGCUAACUUCAGGAGCCAAGAGAGGAAGUACAGCUGCUCCUCCAUCGAGCUGGACCUGGACCGUUCCUGCGGGCACAGGUUCUUGGGGCGGUCUCUGAAGCAGAAGCUGCAGGACGCGGUGGGGCAGUGCUUUCCGCUGAAGAACUGCAGCGGGCGGCACUCCUCGGCGCUGCCAGCCAAAAGGAAGAUCCACAUCAGCGAGCUGAUGCUGGACAAGUGUCCCUUCCCCCCGCGCUCCGAGCUGGCUUUCCGGUGGCACUUGAUCAAAAGGCACACGGCCCCCGUGAGUCCGAAAGCAGAAGACUGGAUAAUUGCCGAUUUAUCCCAGCAGGAGGAAAGGGAGGAUCAGCUGCGGGACGAGGAGAUUGCCGACGGGGGAAUGGGCUCUCCCUCCCCGUCCUGCGACUUCACCGACAGCGGCUCCUCUAGGCGCGAUUCGAGCUCGGAGCUGGCGGCAGGCAAGGCGGGGAGGAGCAGCAGAGACGAGAGCGACAUGGACUCGGACGACGAAGUGAUAACGCUGUGCACCAGCUCCAGGAAAAGAAACAAGCCCAAAUGGGAAACUGACGACGAGCUGCUACGCAUGGAAACGCCUCCCAAGUACCACACCCAGAUCGACUACGUGCACUGCCUGGUCCCAGACCUCCUCCAGAUUAACAACAACCCCUGCUACUGGGGAGUCAUGGAUAAGUACGCAGCCGAGGCGCUGCUGGAGGGGAAGCCGGAGGGAACGUUUCUGCUGCGGGACUCUGCCCAGGAGGACUACCUGUUUUCGGUCAGCUUCAGGCGCUACAGCCGCUCCCUCCACGCCCGCAUAGAGCAGUGGAACCACAACUUCAGCUUCGACGCCCACGACCCUUGCGUCUUCCAUUCCCCGGACAUCACGGGACUCCUGGAGCACUACAAAGACCCCAGCUCCUGUAUGUUCUUUGAGCCGCUUUUAUCCACCCCGCUAAACAGGACCUUCCCUUUUUCUCUCCAGCACAUAUGCAGAACAGUUAUUUGCAACUGCACCACCUACGACGGCAUCGACGCCCUUCCCGUGCCGCCCUCCGUGAAGCUCUACCUGAAGGAGUAUCACUAUAAGUCCAAAGUGAGAGUACUCAGGAUUGAUGUACCAGAGCAGCAACGCUAAAAAAAACAGCCUAUUUUUAGGAGAUUAUCUCUAAACCAAGGUUCUCUUCAGUCUUUCUUCCUUCUAGGAUUUAAUACUUUUUUAAGUAGCUGUUUGAUUUCUUUUUGUUCUUCCUCCUUCUGCAGAUUAUUUACUGCCCAAGCUAGCCUCUCUUCAAGGCUUUUUUAAUCCAAGUGUGCUUUGAGUCUUCCCAGACUUCUCUUUUCUUUAAGUACUGUUGUUCAUUGUGGGCUUUUGGUACUGUUCUCAGGCUAGAAUGUGAUGGAGUUUCAGGUAGGCUUUCUGCUAUCUCCCUAGGUGGAUAGUCUGUAGGUCUAAAAAUCAGUCUGGGACUUGGUCUGUCUUUUAUGUUGUAUUUCCAUCUGUUGCUGACUUGUUUGCAGUAAUGCCCUGUUAACUGAAGGUUGACUCCUCUGUAUUUUCUGCAUUUCUCUUAAAAUGAGUGCUCUAG